GGAACAUAUUCUGCCACCGGUCGUUCCGGUUUCCGGUAAAUGCGUCAGUGCUCUGAAUCCGGAAAUUCCAUUAAGCCGGAAUUUGCCGGUUUGAAGUCGUCCGUUCACUCGCUCCACCACCUCCGACCACCGCCGGAGGCACAGCUCAAGAUCGCGGAACUCAUCGAUUCUUCAAAAACUAAUCGUUUUGGUUUGAGAACAGACAGAAUUUCAGGUGAAACUAUACAGCGAAACUCCGAGCUCGGCGAAGAUGUCGCAGCCGGGAAAUCCGGCGAAUAGCAGUAGCAGCAACAUUAGCAUUCCAGUGAGCGAAGCGUACUGGUCUCUGGUUGACAAAGCUGACCGGAAGUUCUCCAAGAUCAGGGACCUGCCUUGUUACGAGCGCAAUAGGUAUGAUGCGUAUUUUCACAAGGCGUUCAAAGUGUACACACAGUUGUGGAAAUUUCAGCAAGAGAAUCGUCAGAAAUUGGUAGAGGCAGGGCUGAAGAGAUGGGAGAUUGGCGAGAUUGCGUCACGGAUUGCUCAGCUUUACUUUGGGCAAUACAUGAGGACCAGUGAGGCGAGCUACUUGUCCGAGUCUUACGUAUUUUAUGAAGCAAUAUUGACUCGAGAGUACUUCAAGGAGGGAUUGUUUCAAGACGUCAGUCUUGCGAACAAGCAGUUGAGAUUUCUGUCCAGAUUUCUAAUGGUGUGCCUCGUUUUGAACCGAAGAGAAAUGGUGCAUCAAUUGGUUAAUCAGCUUAAAAUGUUGCUCGAUGAGUGCAAGAGGACAUUCCAGGAAACGGACUUUAGAGAAUGGAAGCUGGUAGUUCAGGAAAUAAUGAAAUUUUUUAAAGCAGAUGCCGCCUUUAUGAAUAUCAGGCCUUUCAGAUAUAGUGUUGUGUUAGAGCCUCAUCCAGAUUCUCUGACGCCUGUUUCUCCACCACUUACUAAGAGAUACUUGAGGUUACAGGAUGCUAUUCUGAGUAGCUACCAUCAUAAUGAGGUCAAGUUUACAGAGCUCACGCUAGACACUUUCAGGAUGAUUCAAAGCCUGGAAUGGGAACCUAGUGGUUCAUUUUAUCGGCCAAAUGUUAAUAGAAGUGGGCAGAAUGGUGGCUCUGGGCCAAGUCGCAGUAACUUCACACAGGAUAUUGUGGAUCCUACUCUCCCUUCUAAUCCUCGGAAGUCUAUUUUAUACCGUCCUUCAGUGACACAUUUUUUAGCAGUUCUAGCUACAAUUUGUGAGGAGAUGCCAAGUGAUGGGGUUCUCUUGAUAUAUUUGUCAGCUUCAGGUGGUGCAAAGAAUGUUUUAUCUUCCCCAGCUAGCACAGAAAUAGGCUGUGAGUCUAUCAACAAUGCAGAGGACAUUGAUAAAACCAGGUCUCCUUGUAGACAAGUUGAAGGAGGCUGCAUAGGUCCCCAAGCUGGUUGCUUAUCAUUCAGUACUCGUGGAAAAGGAGGUCUAAGCUGCAUUUAUCCAAGCGACUUAGUUCCAUUUACCAGAAGGCCUUUUCUUUUAGUUAUUGAUAGUGAUGCCAGUGAAGCAUUUGAGGCUAUCCAUGGAGCAGAAAAGGGAGAGCCAGCUGCAAUGCUGUUGUCUUCCAGCACUACUAGUCAUACUGUUGCUACCGAAUAUUCUCGACAUGCAAAUGGAAGCCUUUUCACCCUUUUUCUCACAGCUCCAUUGCAUGCUUUCUGUCUAUUGCUUGGUAUCUCGGGCUCUGAAGUUGAAAUGGAUACAUUUAGUAAAGCUGAGAGCAUGCUGUCCUCGUCAUUAAAUGAGUGGGGGCAGUCUUUGGCGACAUCAGAGAACCUUAAUCAAGUUUGGGCACAGGUUUUGAAUGAUCCAUUCAUAAGGCGGCUUCUCCUGAGAUUUAUAUUCUGUCGUACCGUGCUAGCACUUUACGCACCAACCUUCAAUAAGAAGGAAUUCGUCCCCAAGUGCGUGCCAACCUUGCCCUCAUUUAUCGAUCCGACAUCUGCAACAUCGCAAUCUGUCGUUAUGAAGAUAGCAAACGUCUUUGGUGUAAGCCAAAGUUUCAUCUUCUCCAAAAAUCUGGUACUUCCUGAAAGCUAGCAAAGAAAUUUGUCCUCAUAAUUAGUAAGUCUGUACCUCCUACUGCUAUUUUGUUUUCUGCUUUUGUGUAAAUGAAUCAGUUUCUUUGGUUGUGAUGAAACAUCUUAAAAUUCUAUUGAAAGUGAUUGAAUGUUUCUGAUAUUAACUUUUUCUAGGUAGGAAAAUAGGACCCAAAUGAACCAUUUCAAUCAUUGAUGGUGAUAUAUGUAGAGUGUUUAGAAUCCUUUACCAGUUAGCAAAAAUGGAUCAAAUUUCUAAGUUUGUUUUUA